CGUUUUUGAAUAGGGCUGAAGUUCUAUACUUGCACGCCAUUAUUAGGAUUGGAAACUAAUUACAUCACAAAGAAUAACCUGCAAAAUGAUCGGGGAUUGUUGGAGAAGAUGUUGCAGACUGAGUGGGAUUUCUGUUUUACUUGGGAUUCUAAAUUUCUUUGUCGAAAUGUGGAUGUAUUACUGUAUCAAACACUAUGGUUAUGAAAGUGAUGUGCACCUGAUGGUUGGUGUAUAUUUAAUCCUCAUAAAUUUUCUUACACUCGUUAUCAAUCUGUAUGAUAAAUUGGCGUCAAUGUGUUGCCGUAGUUGUAGAAUUCGUGAAAUUUCUUUGCACACGUUAAGUUUUCUAGGUGGUGCACCAGCAACAGCACUAGCAAUGAUUAUAUUCUGCCACAAAAAGUCAAAACGACCAUACCAAGGUGUCUAUUGUAUCUGUACGACGUUUUCUUCGAUUUGUACAAUACUUGAACAGUCAAAAUCUUCUUGUUUGGACAACUUGAUUCGAAGAAUCUGCAAAAUGUGCGAGGAUGGCGACGAUUAUUACAUUCGUUCUCAAAGACAGAGCUCCCAAUCCAAUACUUCAAUAAUUGGGACAUGUAUAGUUCUGGCUGUGAUGAGUCUGUUGGCUCAAAUGUGGUUAUGUUCUUGCUUAUACGACUAUGGUUACGAAGAGCGUCAGCAAGAGUACAUGGGCUAUUUGUUCUUCAUAAAUCUUCUCACAAUCGGCGUCAACCUCUAUGAUAAGAUGGCUGCUAAGUUCUGCCGUGGUUCGAGAAUUUGUGAAACAUGUUUGCACACUUUUACAUUUUUCGGUGGAGCACCAGCAACCGCUCUGGCAAUGAUUAUAUUCAACCAUAAGAGCUACAAACGCACAUACCAGGAUGACUAUGGUACAGCUGUAUGUGCUUCUAUUGUCUGUGUGAUGCUUGCAGCUUAUUUUAUACAAUGAGUUUACUACAAGACUUUAUUCAAAAAAUGAUCACAUGAAACUAUAAGUUACUUUCGUUUUUACAUUGCAAAAACCUUAUAAUAUAUUGUGGUCUUAAUAACUAAGCUUUUGGGUGUAAUUUUAACUGUAGAUAUUUAUGUAUAUACAAAUGUUACUAAUACAUAUACAAGCACUCAAUGCAAUUUUAUUAAAGGCAAACUGAUACGUAAAUAAAAUAUACCUUCGUGUUAUUGUUCC